UAUACAUAUAGGACUCGGAACAACAUUGACUUAGUAACCCUUAGCGCGCAGUGACGCGUGACCGUGACGACGCGUUUUUGCCUUGCUCCUCUCAUCAGUCGCGAUGUCGCAAGAGGCAGAAGACAUCAAGCCCAAGAUCAACAUCAACAUCCAAACCGACGACGGCACCAAGAUCACAGUCCUAGUCCGACGAGAUACCAAGUUCUCCAAAGUCUUCCAGGCAGCCGAGAAAAAGUUUGGAAAGGAGCCAGGCACGUUCAAGUUUACAUACGAAGGGAAGCGAGUACAGAAAGACGAGACCCCUGCAGAUGUUGACAUGGAGGAUGGCGAUACGAUAGACGCGCAUCUAGGCCAGGUUGGAGGUGGACAUAAGUGGUGACGAGCGAAGGAAGUAAACAGCCAAUAUUUAUUAUAUGUACAGCACAAAGGGAUCAUGAGGCAGGCUGGCCGAGUAAUGAAGCUCUCUGCAGAGAAAGUCAACCAAUGAUAGUGAAAGGAAAGGACGGCCACUAACGAGCUGUAACACACUUGCCCGCUC